UGACUGCUAUGACUGUAUAGAAAAUUUAAAAUUAGGCCAACCAGACUUUUCUGACUGCGGAAAGGAGUUUUAGUGUUUAAACCGUAAAAAGUUUAAGGCUUUAAAGACAGACUUGUGCAGAAGUGUGUUCAAGAGGCGGACUUUUCCAAAACCAAGAAAGACCAUAGUGUUGAUGGUACAGUUAAAUCUUAAUCGCUAAAUCGGUUGAACGUUCGGGAAUAAGCAUUUAAUUUGGGCAUCAAAGGCUACUUCACAAACGGACAUAAACCUGCGGUUUGCAAUGGCGAUUUUAUAGGCAAUUGAUUGUGGACUUUGAGUGAUACGGAGUGGACUACACAAGUCGUCAAUCUGUGGGGUGUUUUCUACAAAUUGUCAGAUCUUCGAAGCUAAAAGGGGAACCAUUGAUGCUAAAAACAGCUAGAAAGGAGAGAGAAGUGUGUAUAAUUUAUUGACAAAUUCGUUCAAAGUUUAAUAUAUUAUUUUCAUAACAAAAAGCAAUAAAGUGUGAAACGAUUCAGAGAAAAAACUCAAAAGUGAAACCCCUCUUCAAUGUUCUCUGAGUGACUAUGACCGCUAUGAAUCCUUACGCGUUUAGAGGAUGGCAUCUUCCGUCGUAUGCCGACGGCGCGGCCGCCGCCGCCAACUACGAGCGGAACUACCACAUGUACGGCUCCCUGCCGUCGGGUUACUUCGCUCCCUCGUCGUCAAUGUAUCCUUUCAAUCCAGACAACCAGAAACAACAUACGAACGGUGACUGGAAGCUUCAGGGUUCGUCCGUGUGUACAUCCUCGGACGGAUCUCCGAACAAUCUUCGUGAUCAGGGUGCUUUACCAAAGACAGGCUACGACGGUCUUUAUAAGCCAAACGCUUGCCGGAAUGCCGACAGCACCGACGAGCACGCGCGUUCGUGUUGCGCCCUUUCAUGUUCUUGCAGUAGCCCCCAGCAGCGGCUGCCCAUGCUGAAUAACUCGUGGGCAGGAGGGGACCUCGGUGGCCUUGACUUCAACAAAACGACAAUGGCCAUGACGUCCAUGAGUCCGUACCAAACGCUCUGUAAUCGAGGAGAUAUGGGGAACGCAAUCCAUCUGCCGUCGACGACGUUAGCGCCAACGGCCGUCACGUUACGUAAGCGACGCCGUCCAUAUUCGAAGUUCCAAAUCGCGGAAUUAGAGAGGGAAUAUAACAGCUCUACAUACAUUUCUAAGUCCCGACGCUGGGAAUUGUCCCAGCUUAUAAACCUCUCAGAAAGACAAAUCAAGAUUUGGUUCCAGAACCGAAGAAUAAAGGCGAAGAAAAUUACCAAACAUGACGGUGAUUCGGAUAAAGACGGUAGUCCGGAUGUCCCAGACAUUGGAAUGCAUAUGGGCCAAUGAAAAUGCUUGUAGUUAGAUACUGCUGACUAAGUGUGACAUAAAUUAUUAUUGAAAUUGGAUUUAUGUUCAUGUGUGAUAAAAAGUAUUGAUCAUGAGGAAGAAGGGUCUAAAUAUCAGUUAAUUUGUCCCUGGGGACUUCGAAGCUCGUGAUUAUUGGAGAGGCACUGAAUAGCAAUUAGGUUAUCAGAAAGGACAUAAAUUCUACUAAGGAACUCAGCUGACGUAUCGCAAGAGUGUGCAUACGAUUUGAGCACGCAAUUUGCGUGCUCCUACGCACGGAAGCAAUGGAAGUUGUGGAUGUGUGUUAUGCGAUUGUUAAAAACAUUGGACAAAAGUUGAACAUUAUUUUGUCUAAUAUUAGAGAAAAAACAUAAUUAUGUAUGUAUUAAUGCGCCAUUUGUCAGAUACCUCCGUUACCCAGUUCUGAUUGGUUUUCAGCUGAGCUCUGCCUGAUACCCAGUUGGGCUCUGCCAGGUUCCCAUUUAAGCUUUACCUGGUUCCCAGUUGCGCUCUGCCUGGUACCCGGUUGCGCUCUGCCUGGUACCCAGUUGCUUUCUGCCUCGUACCAACCUGCGCUCUGCUUGGUACCCAGUUGCGCUCUUCUUGGUAUACCGGUUGCGCUCUGUCUGGUAUCCAGUUGCCCUCGGCCUGGUUCCCAGCAGCGAUCUGCCUGGUACCCAGUUGCGUUCUGUCUGGUUCCCAGAUAUGCUCUGUCUGGUACCCAGCUGCGUUCCGUCUGGUUCCAAGCUGCGCUCUGUCUGGUACCUGGUUGCGUUCUUCCUAGUACCCAGUUGCGUUCUGCAUGGUACCCAGCUGCGAUCUGUCUCAAAGUAAGAUGUACCUGUUGGCCGGAGGAUGGUUAUAGACAUUGUCGAGCAAAGCUGGAAACUUAUUUACUUUUGAAUAAUUCUCAUUCAGAAAUCACUUCGAAAAUCACAGUUAUUUAAAAGGAAAUCAUUGCAAAACAAUUUAUUUUGUAAAAAUAGUGACAUAGAAAUUCUUUACAUUAAGUAUCCAGAUAAUUAGUCAAUGCAGAAUGCAAUUGGCAAGAAAAUGCUUGGAAAUCACUUAUCGUAUUUUUAAUGGAUAAAGUACAAGGAUUAAAUCGAUUACCAGAAAUUUUAUUCGACUUACGUAUAUGUUCAGCAAUAGGCGCAUCGCUAAAUGUUAGUUUCAUUUUUAGGUUUUCAUACAAAGGGGUCGCAAGAGUUUUCUGUUACUUUUUACACUAAGUCUGAUCGACCAUAUUUGUAAAAAUAAUACGGUGUACAAAUGUGUAGCAUUACGCAAUAUGCAUGUACUGUUACACAUUCAAUUGAUUUAAUGAACCCCGCUGUUAUCUGAAACAUUUGAUUAUGUACAAGAAUGCUGAUGUAUUUUCUUGUAUUGUUUGAAUAAAGUAAUAUAUGUUGAAGUUCGAUUUCUAUUAUAAUUUUUGAUGAUGGUUCUUAAAGCAUUUAAUUUUUUUCAUAUAUUUCGGCAGCCGAAGGCCAGAUUUGAAUAAUAACUAUAUCUAAUAGCAUUUAUAUUUUUUCCUUCUAAGUUUGAUUUAAAUGGCUUUUGAAAAGUUACCUCUUUGUGUAUUUUGAAAAAUCACUUUAACAGAACAGAAAAGAACAAAUUAGGCAGUUUAUUAGACUAAGAUAACAGCUCAAUUCGUUAUAAAAAAAUGAUAUAAAAUUGUCCAGAAUAAAAUUGUUAAGUGUGACGAAAGGCUUUAGUAACCCAAAUAAAAAUUGAAUGGUUCGAAGCAAUUCCUGGGUCCGUAUUUAUAAAGUAUUCUCAGUAAAACAAAUCAACUCAGUGAUCAAGAGCCUUUUUUCUAAGUCGAAUUUGAAGACAACUAAAAAAUGAUUUUACACCAAAAAUAUAAAAAUGAGCAGGAAAAACAUUCAAAUAAUACAUAUGUAUAAAUAACUAAAAUUGAAAAAUAAAUAAAGUAUUUAAGAUAUUCUCGUCUACAAAUUUUAAGAAUUUCAUUAAGAAGAAUGCUUUAUGAAAAUCACCCUUGGGGCACAGAGUACCUGUGAGUUCUUUGACAGAAAACACAGAUUCCCGCCAACAUGAAAUCUAUAAACGCAUCCUUAUAAAGGAAGUUUGAACCUAUAAAUAAACCGUAAAGACUGUCUGCACACAUUUUAAUUGAAUUAUUUAUUAUUCAGGGUCGUUUUAUGUAAGCGACAUUUUGUUUAACAUUAUGUGUCCAUAACAAAUCAUUUUAAUUUUAAAAUUACACAAUAUGGUUUCUGCUGUAUUUCAUGUUUAUGAUCAAUUGAUACCAUUUUCAAUUUAUUUUCACAUUACAUGUAUUUUCGUUAUAUAUGACUUUUUUUAUACGCUGACACUAUACAGCUUGAGAAAGUCCCUUUUGUUUAUUAGAGCAUAUUCCUGAUAAAACAAAUCCGCAACUGUAAGAACUAUGUAAUGGUCAAAGGUUGUUAGUAUGUACUUACAAAAAAAAAUGAAUUGAUGUACACAGUCGCCAUUUAUUUUUUGUAAGUAAUCAUACUAACAACCUUAAUAUUUUGGUGUUCUACAUAAUAUUGUGAAAACUUCCCACAAAGUGGGCCAGCCACUGUUUAUAUCUACUGGUUCACCUGAUUAAAUUAAAUAAUGGCGAACUGCGUAUUUACUGAAAUAAUUGUAUUGACAAAUUUUUAGAAUACUGCCUUCUCAUUAGACAAAACACAUGUUGAUCACAAAAUAUGUAUAAAGAUUUUUUUUUAAAUAAACAAGCAAAAUAGUAAAUUAAUGAGUGAGUUUCUUGAAUAAAACUAUGAUUGUAUGCUGACCCUUUUGAAAAACGUUUUUAUUCUGCUCUGGUUAAUGUUAUAAAAUAGUUUUGGGUAAUAUGUGUUUCGUGUCGAAGGCAAGUUUAUGAAGGCCGUCUAUACGCCAAAAUUUUAAUUGUAAGUCUCUAAAUUAAUUUGUUUUAAUUUCAUAUUUGUAUACCUUUGACCUUUUGAAUUGUGAUGUUCAUUUUUAUGAGUAUAUGUACUAUGUUGAAAUAUAAUUAUGUGCUCAUACCAAA